GGACAGCUGCGUCGACAUUCUGCUCGUCAGGGCAUCCUGUCCAAGACUCAGAAGCAGAAUUUCGCUAGGUCCCGACAGCAGGCCAACAACCCAGCGCCUCGCCAGCCCUCGACCUUUCGCGGGAUUCCAGACCCGGAUAACCGUGAUGAUGAUAGUCGUUGCACUGACCCUCAACCCUUCACGGGCUUCAGCACUACAUCCCCGAGGUCUUCUCUAUUGGCCGGGUCUAUACCCGUUGACAGCACUGGCCGUCUCAAGACCUUGAAGCGCCGCCUCCUUCAAGACCCUGACUGGGCAGCAGUCGCCGCAGCUCGCCCGCUCAAAGUCACAUUCACCUCAGCUCGAGAGGCGGAGCACUUUGGGAAGCGACGCAGGUUGACUGAAGAGGAUCGAAAGCGUUUGUCAGCUACUCACGGGAAUCAAGCGAUACUUGCAUUUCCCAGGUCCCAUUACUGGAGAGAUAGGGAAAGUUCCCUAGACAAGAUUCAAAUCAAAAUCACUAGCCAGCCUGCCAGCCAACACUUACAGAACAGCCAAUGUCAACAGACACACCCG